AUGAAAUCGAGAACCAGAGAGAGCCCGGUUAGACCGUGCUACACAUACCUGAAGCCAGGGGCAUUGGCGCAGAUCAGGAACUCCAAGAUCAAUGCCAAAUCGCGAUUCCAAGAUGCACAAUCCCUAAUUUUGCUCUUACAACAGAAUCAGAAUUCAGUUUCCGAGGCUUCUUCGCCGCCGCCGCCGCCUCCUGCCAUGGAUGGCCUUCCUUGCUUCAAUUUGAGAAUCAGGAACCCCCGCCCGAGGUGCCUUUUGAACAAGAGGCUUUUCGCUGUCACUCCCGUUUUCUCUGAAUCCCAUUCUUGA